GGGAAAUCGGUCAUUUUUCUCUUUAGUUAAAAAUACAAUACAGGCGUCCGUUCUUCCUUCCUCCAAACUGAGGAAUUCGCGUAUUUCAAACAUUUCUAGGAAAUCGAAUUCCAAAAUCACUCGUUCUUUUGUUUUUGACGGGAGAAUCACUCGUUCUUAGUUAUAGGUGAUGGCGGAUCCGCAUAAUGUUGAGUUUGAAGCUGCUAAGUUUUUACAGAAACUCAUUCAUGAAUCUACUGAUGAGCCAGCGAAAUUGGCCACAAAACUUUAUGUUAUAUUACAACACAUGAAAGCAAGUGGGAAGGAAAAUUCUAUGCCGUACCAAGUAAUAUCUAGGGCCAUGGAGACUGUUAUAAAUCAGCAUGGUCUUGAUAUCGAGGCAUUGAUGUCGUCACGCCUUCCUUUGAGUAGUGGAUCUCACGUGGGAGAGUCUGCCAGAGUACAACCAGCAGGAUGUUCACAGUCUGUAGGAGUUGCCACAGACUCUAAAUCGGGCAUGAUUGAAAAUGACACUACAAGACCUGAUGGUUUUAGUUCUGGGAGGCCACCGGCUGUUCCUAGCAGUAUUGGGAAUGACCCUUUCCAAGGACAGGUUUCCCAAAGGAGUGCAAUGUCAUUUGAUCAUGAGAGCCCUUCAAGUAUAGACACCAGAUCUACUAACUCACAUUCGCAGGAUCGGCGUGAACCACCAGUUUGGGAGCAACAAGGCAUGCAGAAAGAUACAAAAAGAGCCAACAUCAAGAGAAAGAGGACUGACUCAUCCGGCAUAGAAACACAGGAUGAUAUCUCCCAGCAGCUCGAUUCUUAUUCUGGCAUGCCUGAUAUAAGGAAGGAGAGGCUUAUUGGCAAAUCCGAAGCAGGAGGGACUCUUCCAGUCGAUUCUGAUGGCUGGAAGCAGGGAUUCUUCAGUGGUGCCAAAAAUUUCCGAGAUAAAACUGUGCCAGGCCAUCUAUCAUCUGGUACUCAAGUUGACGUUGCAAUUAGAAAUCUGAAUUCUGCAUCUUCUCUGGAUGCUGCUGGAAUUUCACAUAUACCACUUAGUGCUGAUAGGCUUUCUCAGGCUGGUAAUUCCAGUAAACACUGUGAAGGGGGAAUACCUGGAAGUUCAGCUUCUAGAGAUACUGGAAAGUAUCCAGCUUUUCCUGCUUCAGUAACAAGCAUGCCUUUUAAAGAGCAUCAUCUGAAGCAGCUGAGAGCCCAGUGUCUGGUCUUCUUAGCAUUCAGAAAUGGGUUGUCCCCAAAAAGACUCCAUCUUGAGAUUGCGCUCGGGAACAUCUUACCUAAAGAAGGAUCCAGCAGUAGUGUAGAUGGAGCUCAAAAUGAGCUAGUUAAAGAUAAGGGGAAACAGCAAACAACUUUUGAGUCAAGCAAUAUAUCUGAAGUCCCUUUGCCACUGGGAAACCUGGCUAGUGUGAAGAGUGAUGGAGCUCCUACUGUUUCUGGUGCUGCUGUAUAUAUUAGAGAAGCUGAUCCUCUCUCGAAAGAAACUGAGAAUAUAAAAUUGUUGGCAAGAAAACCUGCACUGUCUGACCUUUCACAUACUGAUGAAGAUAUGAAACACCUUCGUCACGGAAACAGAAGCCUGGAGGAUGAUACGGAGAAUCAGGAAAUAACCAACUCUUCUGCACUUAUAACAACUCCGUGGAAGCCUGAUACUUCAGGAAUGAAAAGUUCAGCCACCCAUAUCCAUGAAGAUAUUCUGCAGCCAGGGGGAGCUAACCAUGUUCCUUGUGUUAUUGGUCUGAAUAGGCAGCUGAAGCCUGAGAUGAUUUGGGAGACUAGAGUUGAUCAGAAUGACUUUUCUCGGGGGCCAUUGCAUGGCUCUGUUCGACAUGAAUUAGGGGCCAGUAAUGAGAUUUCUUCAAUUUUAUCUCAACGUGACAGCCUUAAUCAGUAUCAACAGCUUGCUGAUAAACAAUUGUCCACAUCUUGGAAAUCAAUUGAAGGCGUGGAAAAUGGACAUAACAAGGCAAGAUCAGUAAAUGAUCCUAACAUACAGCCCCGUAAUGCCUUGCACGAUGGUAAUGGUGCUUUAGAGUUCCGAACACGAUCUAUCCCUGAUGGGUCAAUUGUUGUUCCUGUGUCUAAUUCAAGCUACAUGAAUAAGGAUUCUAGCUCUGUUGCUCCUACGGAUAAGCACUCAGAAUCUGAAGAGGAAGGAAAAUUUUCUGUUAAGUUGCCCCCUGUACCAAAAUAUACGUUGUCUGAAAAAUGGAUAAUGGCUCACCAGAGAAGGAAACUUGCUGCUGAACAGAAGUGGGUGCAAAAACUGCAGAAAGCAGAUCAAAGAAUCACCACCUGUUUUAGUGAACUGAAGGAAACAGUGAGCUCAUCUGCAGAUAUAUCUGCAAAAACAAGGAGUGUGAUUGAGUUGAAAAAGCUUCAAUUAUUGGAGCUUCAACGCUGCCUUCGAAGAAAUAUUCUGAGUGAUUUUUUUAAGCCCAUACAAACUGAAAUGGACCGGUUGAAGUCAAUUAAGAAACACCGAAUUGGUAGGAGGUUGAAGCAUGUUGAAAAAUUUGAGCAAAAGAUGAAGGAAGAACGUCAAAAGAGGAUACGUGAGAGACAAAAGGAGUUCUUCAGUGAAGUAGAAGUUCACAAGGAGAGACUGGAGGAUGUGUUUAAAUACAAGAGAGAACGCUGCAAGGGUUUUAAUCGAUAUGCGAAGGAGUUUCACAAAAAGAAGGAGCGAAUACACCGGGAAAAAAAUGACAGAAUUCAACGUGAAAAAAUAAACUUGUUAAAAAUCAAUGAUGUGGAGGGUUAUUUGCGGAUGGUACAGGACGCAAAAUCCGAUAGAGUCAAGCAACUUCUCAAAGAGACAGAGAAAUAUCUUCUGAAGCUUGGAUCAAAGCUUAAGGAGGCAAAGGCUGCUGCUAGGCAAGUUGAGAUGGAUGAAAACAGGAUUGCGGCUAUUGAUGAGAGUGGUGAUAUUUUUGCUGAGGCAGAGGAUGAAAGUGAUCAGGCAAAGCACUACAAGGAAAGCAAUGAGAAGUACUAUUUGAUUGCUCAUAGCAUCAAGGAGAACAUUGCCGAGCAACCAACUGGACUUCGGAAUGGAAUACUACGAGAGUACCAAAUGAAUGGACUGAGAUGGCUCGUAUCACUGUACAAUAAUCAUCUAAAUGGGAUUCUUGCCGAUGAAAUGGGUCUUGGGAAAACUGUUCAGGUGAUUUCUUUGAUUUGCUACUUGAUGGAGACAAAAAAUGACAGAGGACCUUUUUUAGUGGUUGUUCCGUCUUCAGUUCUUCCUGGAUGGGAACAGGAGAUGAGUUUGUGGGCACCUGGUAUAAACAAAAUUGUUUAUGCUGGGCCUCCGGAGGAGCGGCGCAGGCUAUUCAAGGAGAGGAUCAUCCAUCGGAAAUUCAAUGUCCUCCUGACAACAUAUGAAUAUCUAAUGAACAAGCAUGACAGGCCUAAAUUGAGUAAAAUUGACUGGCAUUACAUUAUAAUUGAUGAAGGACAUCGGAUAAAGAAUGCAUCUUGCAAGCUAAAUGCUGAGUUGAAACUUUAUCGUAGCUCUCACAGAUUACUAUUAACUGGGACCCCUUUACAGAACAACCUUGAGGAGCUUUGGGCUUUGCUUAAUUUUCUACUGCCAAACAUUUUUAACUCUUCUGAGGACUUUUCUCAGUGGUUCAACAAACCAUUUGAGAGUAAUGGCGACAACUCCCUGGAUGAGGCCUUGCUAUCUGAGGAGGAGAAUCUAUUAAUCAUCAAUCGUCUUCACCAAGUUCUUCGUCCAUUUGUACUUAGAAGGCUGAAACACAAGGUGGAGAAUGAAUUGCCUGAAAAAAUCGAGAGACUUGUCAGGUGUGAGGCUUCUGCAUACCAAAAGCUCCUUAUGAAGAGGGUUGAGGAGAAUCUGGGUGCACUUGGGGUGUCAAAGGCUCGAGCUGUUCACAACUCUGUGAUGGAGCUCCGGAAUAUCUGCAAUCAUCCAUAUCUUAGCCAGCUUCAUACGGAAGAGGUGGAUAAUUUUAUGCCUAAACACUUUCUGCCGCCGGUUGUAAGGCUAUGUGGCAAGCUUGAGAUGCUCGAUCGUUUGCUUCCUAAACUCAAAGCAACUAAUCAUCGGGUUCUUUUCUUUUCCACAAUGACUAGGUUGCUUGAUGUUAUGGAGGAAUAUCUUGUAUGGAAACAAUAUCGUUACCUUAGGUUAGAUGGACAUACAUCUGGCCUUGACAGAGGUGCCCUUAUUGAACAGUUCAACCGACCAGAUUCUCCCUAUUUUAUAUUCUUGCUCAGUAUUCGGGCUGGAGGUGUUGGGGUGAAUCUUCAAGCAGCAGAUACUGUCAUCAUUUUUGACACAGACUGGAAUCCGCAGGUUGAUUUGCAAGCACAAGCUAGAGCGCAUAGGAUUGGACAAAAGAAAGAUGUGCUUGUUCUUAGACUAGAAACAGUCCACACCGUUGAGGAGCAAGUGAGAGCUGCAGCUGAGCACAAAUUGGGUGUGGCUAAUCAGAGUAUCACUGCUGGUUUCUUUGAUAACAAUACAAGUGCUGAAGAUCGUAGGGAGUAUUUGGAGUCUCUCUUACGGGAAUGUAAGAAAGAAGAAGCUUCUACUGUGCUGGAUGAUGAUUCUCUGAAUGAUAUUUUAGCUCGCAGUGAGUCUGAGAUCGAUGUAUUUGAAUCAGUUGACCAGAAAAGGCAUGAAGAAGAGAUGGUUACAUGGAGAAAGCUGGUACUCGAGAAGGGAGGUGAUGGUUCUGAAGUUUCGCCGCCUCUACCCUCACGUCUUAUAACAGAUGAUGAUCUGAAGGUAUUCUAUGAGGCAAUGAAGAUACAUGAUAUUCCUAAUGAUGGGGCUGCUUCUAGUUCUGGAAUGAAGAGAAAAGCCGGGUAUUUGGGAGCCUUUGAUACUCAACAUUAUGGGCGGGGUAAGCGGGCUCGAGAGGUGCGCUCUUAUGAAGAGCAAUGGACAGAAGAGGAAUUUGAAAAGAUUUGUCAAGCCGAGUCUCCUGAAGUUCCCAAGCCACAGGAUGAGAACAUGGAUAUCUCACUGGGAAUAGACAAUGGUCAAACAUCUGGCAAAGUGGAGCUACCUUUGCAGUCCCUGCAAACUCCUCCUCCCUCUUUAGUAUCAUCCCCGCUUCGUAAGAAAGAGGUCAGACCAUCCGUUAAGCGGGGCCGAGGGAGGCCAAGGAGAACAGAAGCAGAUGUUUCUCCUGCCAUUGGGGUUAGUUCAACACCCAUUGGAGUUAGUCAACGUGAAAUUCAAUUGCAGAAAGGAAUAGAUUCAAUCAUGGUGAAUUCAAGUGAUCUAGACACUCAUGGUACUUCUGCUGUGACACGAGAUGACAGUGGAGACAAAAAUCAGAAUGAUGUGGUUCCUCACAAACCCGAGGCAGUUGCACCUUUGCCACUUUCUCUUGAUUCUGGGGUUCAAUCUGAUCUUGGUUGUACUUCUUUCUCAACUCAGCCUAAAAGACAAGGUCGGAAAGGGCAGCCAACCGAGAGAUCUAUUGCAGGGAAUUCAGGGACUGAAUCUGUUAAGCGGAGGGGAAGGAAACCAAGUCGUGUGUUCCAUCCUGUUCCUGCUGGUUCUCAGGUAGAAGAAUUAAAACCCAUUGAACAACUAUCCUCAGAUACACCUGUACCGGAAAUUUCUAGGGUUAGCACAGAUAAUCCUCAUGCAGUGAGUUUAGGUAGCUCAGAUCCCAAAUCCUUUGAGGGCCGUUCUGGUUUAGCUGUUGAUGAGGAUUCGAAAGAGUCUGAACCAGCAGUUAAGCAGACUCUAUAUGAUUUCUCAUCGAUGACUGACACGGAAACAAGCAAACCUAGAUCAUUAUCAAGUCGAAAUGUUUCUGCCCAAGAUUUUGUAGUUGGGUCUGUUGACACAGCUGUUCAAGAUCCAAAACCUAAUGUUAAUUCUAAAAUAGAUAUCUUGGAUUCCUCCUCUAUUUCACCGGCUCCUUCAAAAGCUUCUGCUGUCAGCAAAGGUGAUCCUGUGUCUCAGGAUCAAAUGGUUAAUUCAUUGAAAACUGGAACUGAUCUUCAAAAUGUUACCGCACAACUUUCCAAUCCUUGUUCUGAAUCUGCCAUGGCUAACCCAAUUGGACUCCGACCUGGUAGAAGACAAAGCCAGAAGCCUCAAGGUGGAAUUGAACCAGUCCGACGCAGGGGUAGUAAACGUGGCAAGAUAGUGAAAACUGACCUUGCUCCACCUGAUGUUCAAGAUAAAAAUUUGAAUAAUAAUGUGAAAAGUCAAGGUUCGCUGUCCACUUCAGCUGGCACAUAUGUUACAGCACCUGGAGCCGGUAAUAUGGGAAUGGGCUCACUUGUUGCUACUGUCCCUGUAAUUCCUCUUGUCCCAGUCUCAGGUUUCAUGCUCAGUUCUACGCCUUUGACUUGUACUAGCGGCUCAACGCAUCAUGUAAACAUGGGUUCACAAUCAAGUCCUCUUCUGUCUGGAACUUCAGCUAUCUCCCCCAAGAGUCCUAUGCUUGUUCCUUUGCAAGACCAAGGGCAAGAUCAGAAUGCACAAGCUGGAGAAACGGCUCCACGUCGACGUGGAAAGAAAAAGAGUGCAGCAUUACCUGCAGAUAACUCGGGUAGUCAGUCAAUAUCUUCGAGGCAGUCUGAUAAGAGUGCUGGAGCCUCUGGUAGCCGCAAAGGCAUAGCAACAAGAAGUAGACGAAUAAACAUUUCCCAGACUAAGAUUGUACAGGAAAAAGCAGAGGUAUGGGACAUUUCUAUUGCUUCAACUGGAAAGGAUUUAGAGACAAUCCAGUCGGCCGUCGUGUCUUCUCAUGUUGUCAGUCCAUGUGUUCUGGAAUCUGCUUUUGUUAAGGCCAAUGAAGCCAGCAAUUCUCAGGAAUUAAGGCAUGCUAACUCAAUGGAACAGAUAGCAUUAUGCCGCACUCCAGCAGAUCUUCCACCCGUAUCAUGCAAGGGUAAAACGAAUGUUAUUGUAUUGGCUUUAGAAUCAACUGGUCCUGGUGUAGAUCCUGCUCGGGUUACUUACAGAAAUGUGGUUGCGAAAGAUGAACUUUUGGAGUUGCAAAAGAAUGCUGCUCGAAGUGUCCUUACACCAAUUGUUGAGGUUUCUCAAAUAGAAGCCAGCUGUACUGCUGCUAUGCAAGCACCUACUCUGGAUGAGGAAUUGUUUGCACCUCCUGGAUUCGACACCCCAAGAAAUGAAGUGUCAGAAGCUGCACUGAGGAAGCCAUUGGAAAGAGAUGUUGGUGGCACAUCUAAGAUUACUGAUGCAAAAAGAAGUGCUGUUGUCUUGGCUCUGGAAUCAACUGUACUGGCAGCCAGUCCUUGCGGCAUGUCAUGCAAAAAUAUGGGUGAGAAAGAAGAAUCUUUAGACUCGUACAAAGUAAAAGACUCAGACACGGGAAGUGUCUCUUCUUCGAAGCCUAUAGGUCGUGAACCAAUUUCUGAAUUGGCUAAUACAGCGACGAUAGGUCACCCAGAAGAUGAAAUGUCAACUCCUCCUGGAUUUCACGUCCCUCAACGGGGCCUGUCUGAUAAUGCAGUUGCAACGCCUUUGGAAUGUGAUGAUAGCCUGACCUCAGAGAUGGUGGCUGAUUCUGCUCCAAAAUCUAAAGUUGACCAAUAUUCUGAAGAGCUUAAUGACGUUGCUGAUGUUCCAACAGCUUCUGAUGCUGUAGAUCUUCGUAGUGGGUCAACAUUGGAAGCACAAUCAAGAGAAGAUGAGCAAAUUCAUGGGUCUGAUGAUGGCAAAGUUGAUGCUUUUGAUAUAUCAACAGCUUCUGGUGCUGUUGAUAUUGGUAUUGUGUCAACAUUGGAAUCACAUUCUAGAGUAGAUGAGCAAAUUCAUGGGCCUGAUGAUGGCAAAGUUGAUGCGGUUGAUGCUCCAACAGCUUCUGAUGCUGUAGGUCUUGGUAUUGCAUCAACAUUGGAAUCACAUUCAAGAGAAGAUGGGCAAUACCAUGGGCUUGGUGAUGGCAAAGUUGAUGCUGUUGGUGCUCCAACAGCUUCUGACGCUGUAAGUCUUGGUAUUGCAGCAACAUUAGAAUCACAUUCAAGAGAAGAUGGGCAAUUUCAUGAGCCUGGUGAUGGAAAAGUUGAUGCUGUUGAUGCUCCAACAGUUUCUGAUGAUGUAAGACUUGGUAUUGCGUCAACAUUGGACUCACAUUCAAAUGAAGAUGAGCAAUUUCAUGGGCAUGAUGUUGGCAAAGUUGAUGCUGCUGAUUCUUGUGCUGUUGCAGCUCCUAGUUUGGUAUUAGAAAUGGAGGUGUCUCGUGACACCAAUGAUGACACUGCUGACACUAAUGUCGGUGGUCCAGAUUCUGAUGCGGCAGCAACGUCAUCUUUAGAAUCCAAACAGAAAGAGAAGCUGCAUGGGCCUGAUCAUGACAGUGGUGAACUUGAAAUUGGUGAUGCUCCCACAGUUUGCUGUGUUCUAGGCUCUGAAGCUGCAGCAAUUUCAACUACGAAAUUAAAUGAGAAAGAAGAGUUCCUGGGGUCUGAGGUUGGCUAUACUGUAAAUGAUGCUGCUGAUGCUCCUGCAGUUUCCCUUGCCGUGGUUUCUACUACAGUAACCUCAACUUGGGGAUUAGAAGAUAAAGGAGAACUGUGCAGCCCUAGUGAUAUCAAUGCUGUACAUGAUGCCGGUAAUGCGCCUGUAGUGUUGUCCUCUGUAAUUUCAGAUAUAGCAGUGACUCCAAUGUUGGCAUCAAUUGUAACGGAAGAGCCUCGGGUGGCUGAUAAUAGUAAUGGUGAUGAACAUGUUGCUGGGCCUGCCGGCAAUGCUCCCUCAACCCCAAAUAUUGUGGAGUUUGAUACUGCCGUGUGUUCAAUUCAACAAUCAAAAGCGAUUAAAGAGUGUCAUGAACCUGUUGAUGGCUACACUGAAAUUGAUGUUGUAGGUUCUGUUACUGUAGUAACAUCACCGUUUGAAACAAAAGAAAAAGAAGAGCUCGAAGGGCAUAAUGAUGGCGGUGCGGAACUCGAUGUUGGUGAAUCUCCCACAGACUCCACUAUUCCAGGUUCUGAUAUUGCAGCAGUCUUGACUUCCGUUUUAAAAACUAAAGAAGACUGCCUUGGGCCUGAAGCUGGCAUCGUUGAACAUGAUGCUGUUGAUGUUUCCUCAGCUUGUAUAGUUGGUUUUGAUAAGCAAGCAGCAUCUUCUUCAAAAGAUAAAAAGGAGUGUCAUGGGCCUGAUAGUUAUGAUAAACUUAAAGCUGAUGAUACUUACACAAAUCUGCAUGUUGGUUCAGAUCUUGCAGAAACCUCUACUCUAAUAGAAGAAGAGUGCAAUGGACUUGAUCGUGGCAAUGGUGAACUUGAUGCGGUUGAUGCUCCUACAGCUUUUCAUGCAGUCCGUUCUGGAGCUUCAAGCUCGGAAUCAAAAAAAGAGUGUCAUGGGCCUAAAGAUGGAGAUGUCAAACAUGAUGAUACUGGUGAUAUCUUUAAAGGUUCUGAUACUCCUGAAACUUCAACUCUGUCAUCAACUGAUAAAGAAAAGUGUCAUGGUUGUACUGAUUAAAAUGCUGAUCAUGAUACUUGAUACUGGUAAACCAUCUACAGAUUCUGGUUGUCUUGAUACUGCAAGAAGCUGUGAUAACUGUCAUCUUAUGUCUGUAAAAAUUUAGUUGUUCAUUCGUAAACAAUUAUUAUGUAUAUGUUUCAUCAAAGUAAGGCUUGGCCAAUCUAUAGAUCUUUUUACAUUGUA